GACCACUCUUGUAAAAACUCAUGAAAAGGUUUAUGUGUAAAAAGAAACAAUCUUUGAUGAUUACAAGGGGUGGGGAGGGUGAGGAUGGAAAAACACUAAAUGGACAAUAGAUAAAUGGUAACUUUGGUGAAGGGUAAGACAGUACACAAUAAUGGGGAAGCCAGCACAACUUGUCCAAGGCAAGGUCAUGGAAACUCCAUAGACACAUCCAAAGUACCCGAGGGUGGUCUUAGAGAACACCUAGCUCAAUUGGCAUAACAUAGCUUAUAAAGAAAAUGCUCUAUAUUCUACUUUGGUGAGUAGUAGUCUUGGGUCUUGAAAGCUUCUGAGCAGCCAUUUAAGAUACUUCACUGGUCUCAACCUAUCUGGAGCAAGGGAGAAUGAAGAAAACCAAAGACACAAGUGAAAGAUUAGUCCAAAUCACUGACGGACCACAAGUACUACAGCCUCGGCCAGACUGAGUCCAGCACAACCAGAUGGUGCCCAGCUAUCACCACCGACUGCUCUGACAAGGAUCACAAUAGAGGGUCCCAGACAGGGAUGGGGAAAAAUGUAGAACAAAAUUCUGACUCACAAAAAAAGACCAGACUUACUGGCCUGACAGAGACUGGAGAAAUCCGGAGAGUAUGGCCCCCAGGCACCCUUUUAGCUCAGUAAGGAAGUCACUCCUGGGGUUCACCCUUCAGCCAAAGUUUAGACUUGCCCAGAAAAUAAAAUGAGACUAAAGGGGAACACUAGCCCAGGGACAAGGACUAGAAGGCAGGAGGGGACAGGAAAGGUGGUGUAAUGGGGGAAAUCAAGGUUGAGAAGGGGAGAGUGUUGACACGUCGUGGGGUUGGUAAUGAAUUCACAAAACAACAUGUGUACUAAUUGUUUAAUGAGAAGCUAGCUUGUUCUGUAAACCUUCAUCUAAAGUACAAUAAUGAAAAAGACUUUUAAGAUUCAGGAUUUUAUCUUUGUCUUGGAUUUUCAUCAGUUUGACUAUGAUAUGUCUAGGUUCGGAGCUCUUUUGAGUUUAUACUCGGAAUUUCUUGAGCUUCUUAGAUGUAUGGAUUAAUGUUUGCCAUCAUUUGUGGUUAUUUGAGUUAAUACUCAUUAUAUUUUAAGUUCUCUAAAGGACAUAGAUCUUGCCUUAUCCCUCUCCCUGGGGCCCAUCACACCUCUCAUAACAGGGGCACUAUAAAUGGUUGUUGAACUUUCUGACCAGUGCCCCAGGCUUGUCUACAUCUUUGAACUAUCACCUGCGUGAGAAAUUUCCUCUAUAAAUAGGCAGUUUCUGUUUCAGGUAUAGUUUGCCCUUGAUAUUUACAGCUCACCUUUUUACCUCACUCAGGCCUCAAACUUGGAAUCUUGAAUUAGAGUUGGUAUUCAAAUCCUCAGCCACAGCUCAAGGCAACAACCCCCGUAAGAACCCAGUCAGCCACGUGAAGUUCUUUUUUCUUCUUCGAUAUGAUAGUCUAUCUGCUGUCACAUCAUUUGCUGGGGUAUUCUUGAUGAGAUUUUACUUGUCCUUCCAUGCUGUUCUUUGUGUGGUUCCCUUGUUUCUUUUUGUGAUCAAGUUCAAGAUGGCUCGGCAGUGCUUCCAAAAUGAGUAUUUUGAUGGUUUGCUUUAUGCUUGCAAACCUUGCCACCUGCGAUGCUCUAACACCCCUCCUCUAAGCUGUCAGCGUUAUUGUAAUGCAAGUAUGACUAACUCAGCGAAAGGAGCAAAUGUGAUUCUCUGGACCUGUCUGGGCCUGUGCUUGAUAGUUUCUUUGGCUGUUUUUGUGCUAAUGUUCUUGGUAAAGAAGAUGAGUGGUGAACUAUUAAAGGACAAAUCUAAAAACACAGAAGCAGCUAUCCAGGAUGUGGCUAAUGUUGACCUGGAGAACAGCAAGCCUGGUGUGGAAAGAGUCCUUCCGAGAGGCCUGGGGUACACCAUAGAAGAAUGCACCUGUGAAGACUGUGUCAAGAGCAAACCAAAGGUUGACUCUGAUCAUUUCUUCCCCCUCCCAACCAUGGAGGAAGGCGCAACUAUUCUUGUCACCACAGAAACAACUGACCACAGCAAUAGCCUGCCAGCUGCUGCAAGUGUCAUCCACCACCAUCACCAGUUGCCAUAGUCAACCCUGACUCAGGGUGACCCCACAUGUGUCAGAGUGGAACUGCACUCCACAGGGUUUUCAAUGGCUGUGACCUUUCAGAAGUAGAUCGCUGGGACUUUUUUUUGAGACACUUCUGCAUGGGCAAGAACCUCCAACCUCUUGGGUAGCCGCCGAGUGGUUGUUAAUCACUUGCUCCACCCAGGAAUUCUGCAUGUGUCACAGGGAUACAGACAUGAAUUUCUAUGAGAUAAAUAACCAUUCUGACUGGUGUAGAGAUACUCUGAAAAUUCUGUCAGAAGGAAAGGCUGAUGCAGCAGAUCUCUUUAGGAUGACUACGGUUAUCAGUUGUUGACAUGGCUUCUUGGUCUUUCAUUCUGGGAACUCUUUAUGUUAGAUGUAUUUCUAUACCUUAUCGUUGGGGUGUAACUGUGGACACUUCCUUGGUUUCAUGAUUAAAUUCUUGAGUUGCUAAAAAAAAAAAAAUCACUGCAACGUGUAGAUCUGAGUCACCCCUUUCUGUGGCUAGACCACUUCUCUCCUGUACAGGCACAUAUACAUUUCAGGGCAGAUUGGAUUUCUCUCUUUAUUCUUAAAGGGAAGCAAGGUUAUCUUAUGCACUUAUGUAUAUAUAGAUGCUGAGUCAGCUGCAGUAAUUCAGUGUGCUAUGCAUGGGUGGUUCUUGACCCUGUGAGCUUCUGAAUAAAUGUGCAAUUGCAAACUGCGGUAAAGGUGAACCAGGUAUCACUUUCAGAUCCAAAUCAGGUGUGUAAUCAUAAUCAUAGCUAACACUUAUACGGAGCCCUGGAGGCACAGUGGUUAAGAGCCUGGCUGCUAACCAAACGGUUGGCAGUUGGACUCUACCAGCUGCUCCUUGGAAACCUUACAGUGAAGUUCUACUUUGUUCUAUAGGGUUAUUGUGAGUUGGAAUUGACUUGACGGCAAUGAGUUUGUUUUUUUUUAAAUGUACCAUGCGGUGUUCUAAGAGUCUACAUGUACUAACUCAUUUAAUACAUACAAGAAACUAAAAGGUUGGUGAACCAUUAUUAUACCCAUUUUAUAGAUGAUGACAGAACCUGAGGUAGAGCAAGGUAACACAGCCAGCAAGUGGCAGAGCUAGGAUUUAAACUGAGAUAGGCUGAUCUAUUUCUUUUUUUCCUCUUUACAUCAAUUUAAUUCCAUUUCUUUGGGCUAUAAUCUGUCAUUAUUGGAGAGGGUUUCCUCCCUAGGGUUGUGCCGAGGCCCUGGGGUUUUAGGAAAAGAAAUGCAACAGGGGAUGCCCUCUGGUCAUGUUAACUUUCGUCAUCAUUAAGAUGCCCACUGGCACCCCCAGAUAGAUUCUCAAGAUCUUGGAGCUCUGUGACUUUUGGGCUAUGUUUGGGAUAUGGGGAACAUUGGCUGGAACUUUUUGCUUAUUUGGCUACAUUCAGGACCCUUCAGGAGACAAUACAGUAUAGUGGUUAAGGGACUAGAUCUUGGAGCCAGACUGCCUGUUACUAGCAAGUUACAGAUCUUGGCUGACUACUCAUAAGGUUGUUUGAAGGACUGUUCCUAGUUGCUGUCCAGUCAGCUCUGACUCAGAGUGACCUUAUGGGAAUUAAUUAUACAUAAACGGUUGCAAAACCUGUUUGGUUCCUAAGCACUUUGUGUUAGUUGCUAUUACUGUUACCACUGUCAUCAGUCCCUUGGAGGUCUGGUCUCUCUCUGAUGGUAAGCACACACAACUUUCCUGUUACGUGGCCUCAGAAUAUUGCACUGAGCUUCUCACAGGUCCUCUUCCUUCUCCUACCCUCACCUCCUAGUACAAUCUUCUCAAUAAGUUUGUUGUUGUUGUUAGGUGCUGUCGAGUUGAUUUUUGACUCAUAGCAACCCUAUGUGACAGAGCAGAACUGCCCCAAAGGGUUUUAUAGGCUAUAAUCUCUAUGGGAGCAGAUUGCUGGAUCUUUCUCCUCUGGAACUGCUGGAUGGGUUCAAACCACCAACUUGUUGAUUAGCAGCCAAGCGCUUAACCAUUGCACCACCAGGGCUCCUCUCCAACGAAUUUAGAUAUUUCAAAAGCCCAGAAGACCUGCUGACUUUAGGCUUUUGAUUCUCGGUCUUCCAGGUUAAAAUCCGGGGAAGAAGGAAUUACCCUUAAAGUGGGUGGCUGGUAGUAGAAAAUAUAAGAACAAGCACAAAUUACUAUUUCAAUGAACUAUCCUGCCUGAAGUGCUAUGAAGAAAAGGUACAGGGUGCUAUGAGAAGUUACAACACAUGAUCUUCAUGACAACUCCAUGAAGCAGGUAUGCUCUGCCCUGACAAAGGUCACAGGGGUAGUGAGAUGUAAACUAGGCUUUCUGGGGGUGGAUUCAGACAUGCCUACUCUUUAACUACAGUAACAAAUUAAUAACAAUUGUAAAGUAUAAUUUUGAAAAAAGGAAAAACAAUCUCACCACCCUAAUACAAGUCUUCUCGUUUGCCAUAUUUCU